UUAAUUAAAGCAAUAAAGCACCACCCAAACAGCUCCACUGUUUUGAGUCUAAAACAGCAAUAAUAAUGCUGUUUUGCAGGCUUGUCGAUGACCAUCUCUCAAUCGGCCACAAUGCAAUAGAGCAAGAUCGGUGUUGUGUUUGUUUGGCACUUGCAUGCAUGUAAUAAGGUCAUGCCAUGCCGUCGUCGUCGUUGGAUGGUCCCUACCUUCGUCAACGCCACGCUCCCUUUGCCACUCCUAUUCCACCAUGGCGACGGAAAAAGCCUCUGUGGGUGGUCCAACGCGAAAUUGAACAACAAUCGUCAAACAGCACAAGUACAAGUGUCCAACGCCACUUGACCGUCUGGGAUUUGGUCUCGGUGGGUGUGGGUGGCACCAUUGGAUCGGGUAUUUUUGUAUUGUGCGGCUAUAUUGCCCAUAAUUAUGCCGGUCCUGCGACGUGGUUGAGUUUUGCCAUUGCCGGCAUUGCAGCGGCGUGCAGUGGCGUCUGCUAUGCCGAAUUGAGUGGCCGGAUUCCAUCGGCAGGAUCGACGUAUGUGUACAGUUACAUUUGUCUGGGAGAAGUGGCAGCUGUCAUUGCCGCGGCCUGUUUGACAUUGGAAUACGGCGUCAGUGGCGCCGCCGUGGCACGGAGUUGGGGCGACAAAUUGGUCGUGUGGUUGCGCGAGCAGUGGGGUUGGACGGACGCAUCGGUAUGGUUGGAACCGUACGGGGUCAAUCUCAUGGCGGGAGUCGUCUCCUCUGGUUCCGUCGCCUUGUUGCUAGCGGGCAUUCACGAAUCCAAACAAGUCACCAACUUUUUCACAUUGACCAAAGUUCUAUUGGUGGUGUUUAUGAUUCUGGGAGGAUUUGCACUCUUUCAAUCAUCCAACACCACUGUUCAUAGCACUACUAGUGAUACUGCUCUCGAUGGGACAUCCUCUUUUGCACCCUACGGAUGGUCGGGGAUUUGGAGAGGAGCCACAUCCUCCUUUUUUGGCUAUUUGGGAUACGACGAAGUCUGUUGCAUUGCCGGGGAAGCCUUGCAUCCGCAUCGAGACAUGCCACGGGCCGUUCUUUGGACUCUCUUCAUUGUCACUUCCUUGUACAUGCUGGCAUCGGUGGCACUCACCGGUAUGAUGCCGUUCGAUCAAAUCAGUGAAACGAGUGGAUUUCCCGUCGCUUUCGGUGAUCGCGGUAUUACGUGGGCGGCGCAAAUAUGUGCUGCCGGAGAAGUCCUGACAUUGCCCGUGGUCGUCUUGAUUUCACUCAUGGCACAACCCCGUUUGCAAUUUGCCAUGGCACAAGAUGGAUUGUUGCCACCCAUUUUUGCACAAGUCGACGAACGCGGCAAUCUACUCUGGGGAACAGCUAUUGCGGGAGGGGUCAUGAUUGUCGUCGCCACGUUGGUGCCAUUCAACUAUUUGGACGAUGGCAUUAGUGUCGGUAUUUUAUUGGCAUUUUCCAUGACCAAUUCCUGUUUGAUUUUGUUACGAUGUGAAUCAUCAUGCCACGCAACCAAACCACAGUUGGUCGAACACCAUUUGGUACUCUACAAUUUGCUCUCGCUCAUUACGGGAUUGCUCCUGGUACAUCAUGAUGGGGCGUGGGGACCCUGGUUGACAUGUGUGGCAUUGCUAGCGACACUGGGAGUACUAGGUUCCUUGACGAUGCAGUGUCCAAAGAGUUCAUCCUUUGGAGGAUCCAUUGUGCGCCAACAUCACGACACCACCACCAACGAGGACGGCUUUUUUCAAACACCACUCGUCCCCUACUUGCCAUGUGCUGGCAUUUUUAUCAAUUGGUGUUUGGUGGCACAAUUGGAACUGUCGGGGUUGCUAUUUUUGGCUCUCUAUCUGGGUGGAGCGGUCACAUUGUACCUCUGUUUUGGAAAACACACCGGUCUGGGAUGGAAACGGGCCAGUUAUCAAUCCUUGGAUGGCAUGGAAGAUCACGAUCAUGAUGAUCCCGAUCAUUCGUGGCCCGCCUUGCAACGGGAAUUGUCUCUCCCGCCCGUGGCGCCUCAGAACGAACAGUCGUCGUCGUUGACGUGACAAAAAAGAAAAUGAUUUUCAUUUAUCUGACAACUGCCACAACGUGCCACAGGACGCCCGUGGCGUAGAACGAACAGUCGUCGUCGUGACAGAAAGGAAAAAAUCUGUUUAGAUCAAGUGACAACUAACUAUAGCAGCGUGCCCGACAAAAGUGGACACCUUGCGAUAUCGUAUCGUCCCGGGCAUGAAAGACAUUGCCCCUCCAGUUGUAUCAUUUUAAUGACGUGUUGUUUUUAACAUAAUAUUAAUAGAAUACAUGCUCAACGUGGGGUUAGUAGUGACCAAUUAUUAGUAAGCCCAUGCAGUCGAUGCUGUUGUAGCAACUCAGAUCAGAUGAUCACUCCGGCUACUCUUUAGUACCUACAGCUAGCUAGACACUCAGAACAGCUCAGGUUUAGUCGUCACCAUCGGCAUCCUCCCCUUCUGGGCAUCCAUUCGCCUUGGCCCAUUCCAGCACUUCCAAAUGAUCAUUUUCUGCAGC